AUGUUUCUAUCUUCUUGUUUUCAUUACUCAUCUCCUAUAAAAUCCACCAUCUCAUGCACCCAACUUCUCCAUCAAAUUUCAUAAAUAAGUUUCUAAAUCGCGCAAAAAAGACAAGUUAUUUUUCAUAUCCCAAGAUUGUGCUCGUUUUCCCGAGUAAUUUGGUUGUCACUGACAUUCCACUCAUAAGUAGGUUCACAUCGUGUCUAAAUUCCCUCUAUAUUUCAAGUUCAAGUACACUUACUAAGAAACUCAACACGCCACGUCAGUAGAAAGAGUUAAGCUACUAAGCUAAGCUGUUGUUACGGAACUUAGGGGCCGCGUCCACUUUUCAAGGCUACAUAAUAGCUCCCCUUUUUCUUUUCGAAUUCCGUCUUUUAUAAUGGAUUGUGCUUUCAAUUGGGAAUACAAUACACUAAUCAAUGAGCUAACUCAAGGUAUUGAAUACACAAAGCAACUUAGAUCUUACUUGAGCUCAAUGGCUUCCACUUCUGAACAUCAAGAAUUGCUUCUGCAGAAGAUUCUUUCUUCUUAUGAGCAAUCUCUGUUAAUUCUCAAAUGCAGUGGAUCGGCCGUUCAAUCUCCACAGCCUGUGACACCAACAUGUGGCGCGAUUGAAUCUUCGGUUUCAGUUGAUGGAAGUCCUAAGAGUGAGGACAAGAAAAGGAGUUUCAAAGAUCAUCAGGAGCUCAUAAAUGUUUCAAAGAAGAGAAAAUCACAGCCUACAUGGACUGAACAAGUCAAAGUCAGUGCAGAGACUGGAUUUGAAGGUCCUACUGAUGAUGGAUAUAGCUGGAGAAAGUAUGGUCAGAAAGACAUUCUUGGUGCUAAAUAUCCUAGAAGUUACUACAGAUGCACAUAUCGUCACAUGCAAAAUUGUUGGACGACGAAACAAGUGCAAAGGUCAGAUGAUGAUCCUACUGUAUUUGAGAUCACAUACAAAGGCUCUCAUACUUGUCACCAAGCUAGUAAUUCUGCACUACAACCGAAAUCACCAGAAAACCAGGAAUUCAAGAAACAAGCCAACUAUCAAACAGGGCAAUAUUCAAAUGAAAUACUGAUGAACUUGAGAGCAAACCUGAGAGUCGAUACUAAUGAUUUGGACAAGAAUGAGACUACAGCAGCAUGUUCUUUCUCCUUUCCUCCAACAUUCUCUGGUUUGACAGACGAAAAUCGACAUUUCCAGAUUUCCCAUGUUGAUGAAAAUCUGAUGAUAGGUGGCGGCUAUUCACCGUCUUUUGUCUCUCCUACAACCCCUGAAUCAAACUACUUCUCAAUCUCGAGCAGCUGUCAGAUGAAUGGCUUUGGAAUGGUUCAUAACGUGCACCGUUCAGAAUCAGACCUCACUGAUAUAUUCUCAGCCAACACUUCCUCAACAAGUUCUCCAAUUGUGGGCGGCGAGUUUUCACUAGACCAUUUCGAGCUGGAUCCAAAUUUUCCAUUCGAUAACCCCAGAUUUUUCUCAUGAACACAAGCUAAUGCACUUGAAAAGAACAAUAAAUAUGAACAGUGUGGAUGUGAUCACCAGAAUACUUUGAACAAGUCGAUGAUCCCUCCUUUAGUGUUUAGUAUAGACAUGCUUUGUAAAACUUAGCAACAAAACUAGGCAUUGAAUAGAAACUAGCUAUUGUUUGUGUCAUUAGUCUACUGUAUUUCAAGGACUGAACUUCCUGUAAUCUGACAUCAAGCUGCUGAGUGAAAUUCAAGCAUAUUCUUUCAGAA